UACACGCAGGUAAAUAUAAUAAUAAAGCAAAGGUAAAAGUAAAUUAAGCAGUGCAUGUUUGGUGGUUGUGUAAAUGUAAAAAAUACACCGCAAAGUCUUUAUUUUAUAGAUAAUUUAAUUGGUAAAAUUAAAGAUUUAACUUUAUUAGGUAAAAUAUGAAUGUGAUGUGACUAUUGUGGAUGCACACAUUGCAAAAUAUCGACGUUGAAACGAUAUAUCGUGCAGCUCUAGUAUAUAUCCAGUUUAUAUUAGCCAUAUUGACAACACUAGCUAUGUAUUAAUACAUUUGUAAGCUAAUAUAAUGCUUAACAUUCAUACAUGUAUUGACUACUUUAAUCAGAACUGAAAUGCAGUCUAGAUAGGGAGUAUCUCUGUUUUAUUGAGAUACCGAUGUACAUUUUGUAGUUUAGUCUCUCAAACUCACUCUUGUUUUCACUUUCCCCUGUCAUGUUUCUGUUUUUCUGUCUCUUCCUCGGGUUUAAAUGUAAAUGAGGAAGCGGUGCGCUUUAUGUGCGGUCUUAAAAAUAUUUGUAUAUGUUUUAUAAAACCACAAUACCAUUUUUCCACGAAUUGUCUUCCGUUUCCAGAACAUGACGGCAGAUUGAAGGCAGUCCUUUCUCUCCGCUGUGGGGCGGAGCUGACGUGAACGCGCAUCCCGGCGACCUAUCAGAGCUCGAGCAGCGGAUGAAAACUCAGCUGUGCAGUGAGUCAUCUGACAGCUGCUGCUCUCGAAUAGAUGCACUUGUUGAAUCAGGUCCCAUUGAGCAGAGGGGGACUCAGGUUGCUCGUAUCAUCUGAAAACAUUUGACCGACAUCUUCUAAAUGAAGGCACACUAAAGAAGCGACCGGGCUACGACGAUUUAGAACCUCCCAGCGAGACGCAUUUUCAGGACAGGAGUUUUGAUGUCUGCUCGGCGAUCAUCUCUCUGGUCAUGUCUGCGUGCUGCUCUGAGCUGCGGGCUUGUCAUGCUGACAGCACUGCCAGACUUAACCACAGGCAAGAAUUGCUCCCAUCCAAUCAUGCAUGAGCAUGGAGGUUUUCGUUGUGAGCCGUCACCCUGUCGUGGUUUCCCUCAAAAGAGCUCCAUUCGCUUCUUCUGCGAGCCUGGCUACACUUUACCCAAACGCUACCAAUCGUCAAAAUGUCACCAUGGGGUGUGGACACCGAAAGUGCCUGUCUGUAUGCCACGACCAGACGGUCAUGGUGAACAGCAAGAAAAAAUCAUCAGCUCUAUUCCGAGUGUGGCUACGACUGCUAUUGGAGUGUCCAUCUUCCUUCUCACCACAACGGCCUGUUUAGUCAUCAAAUCCCGCCUGUUCUCCUGCCGAUCGCAUCGGCGUUCCUCGGAUCAGCUGGAUCUAGUGGUGGAUGGUUUACCCGUAUCUCUUCCCACAUACGAAGAGGCUAUCUAUGGCAGUUGGGGCCAGCGAAUCCCGCCAUUUCGUGGUCCCACUCAGCUCCUAUUAGCCCAGGACGCUUCAGAACACAGUCCACUAACAUCACUGAUUCGCUCUGAUACAAAUCGUUGCAACGACACCGCCAAUCAGACCACAGAGACUCCACCUCCUUACGAAGAGGUCCAAUCACGAUCCAGAGACUCUGUGAAUGACAGUGACGGACAGGCCAUGCAAAGUGCACUUCCUGCUGAUAAAAACAACUAAUUAUUGGACUUCAGUGAACUCACCCUUAGCCUUUUUGAUUGUUUGUUUCCUUGCACAGGAGUCCGACUGCGACUUUUUUUUCCGUCUUUGAUUAUGGAUCUCUUUUGGCUUACAACACCAGUGGAAAAACUGCCGCAAAUGUUUUGUAAUGACCCUAAUGGUCAAAUCUAUUUUGUUUAUAGGUGACGUGCUGCAAUAUUGAUUAUGUCGUUGUUUUCACGAACAAGGUGGAGACGUGGCUAUACCAUUUGUCCUCUGUGAGGGGAAAUCUAGUGUUUAUGAGCACUUUUAUGAGUGAUGAGUGACUUUUAUUUAAUAAUUUCUGAGAGUUUUAGUGUGGAGCGAAUAUGAUUUCAUUGCCUGAAAUGUAAAAAUCAGUGUUUCUCAGAGCAUUCGGGUUGAUUGAAUGUUACUGCUGAACUUUGAAGAUUGUGCCUGUUGACUGAUGGAUUGUAGUAUAUGAUUUUAUUCUGUGUCUUUCUGCCUGAAAUGAUUUCUUAAAUAUUGUUUAAUAUAUAUAUAUAUGAUUUCAGAAAAGACUUGAAGUAUGCUUGCUAAACAGACAUUGAAUGUGUUUUUGUGUAACAUUUACAAUAUCUUGUAUAUAGUUCUGCACAAAUAGUAUGUUAAAUAAUUAUACUUUUUUAAACUUUAUGAACAAUGUUUGCUAUUAAAAAUAUUUUAAAUCUU